AGCUUAUCUCUCCCCGCAUCCAAAUUCAAGGACCGCAUCACGCCAUUGACAUUUGGUCGCGACGCAAGCGAUCCACCCGCUAAAACCUAGCUAGGAAUUCAGACAAAUGUCACGCGUCGAUUGCGUUUAAUUCAAGAUGGCGACAGAAGGGGAAUACGAGUCAAUUUUAAUCGUGAAACCAGAUGUCAACGUUUAUCGCAUUCCACCGCGGGCUUCCAACCGCGGCCAUCGGGCAGCGGACUGGAAGCUGGACACCCCCGACUGGAGCGGGCGCUUGAGGAUCACGGCCAAAGGGAAGGUGGCAUUCAUCAAGCUGGAAGACAAAGUCUCAGGUGAGCUGUUUGCACAGGCGCCAAUCAACGAGUUUCCAAGCAUCUCCGUGGAAACCGUCAGUGACUCAAGCCGCUACUUUGUGCUGAGAAUACAAGAUGACAAUGGGAUUGAUGCGUCUGUUUCAGGUCGCAGUGCAUUCAUCGGGGUUGGCUUUGGGGACAGGGGAGACGCGUUUGACUUCAACGUGGCUCUGCAGGACCAUUUCAAGUGGGUGAAGACAGAGGAUGAGAUCAGUAAAAAUGCUCAGACUGCAGACACGACACCCAAACUGGACCUGGGUUUCAAGGAGGGACAGACCAUCACUCUCAAUAUCGGGCAAGGGAAGAAAAGGGAUAAACCCCGCCCACAGAGUGCAGGAGGCUUUGGACUCCUCCCACCGCCUCCAGGAGGAAAGAUAGCCCCGCCCCCAUCCUCCAAUCACAACACUUCACCACCCUCAGGAGGAACAGAGAGCGAUUAUUUGUUGGACUUGGAUACCAGUAAUUCUAACACUGUGGUCCAGUCGAAUCCCAGCUCCGCUGAUGUUUGGGGGGACUUCUCCACCCCUGCGAGCGCUGUCCCUCAGACGCCUCCUGAAUCUGAUGGCUCCACCAGCUGGGUUCAGUUUUGAGUCAUCCUCCCUGAUGCUCCACCCUCGUCUGUUCAUCUCUCCUCUCUUACUGAAUUUCGCCUGUUGAAGACCCCACAGAAGACCGCCCACCCCCGGCCUCCCUACCUUAAAAAUCACCCCACAACCAUGGGAACCCCACCCCCUCUCCCAGCAGUCCUGUGAAUCCUCAACCCUUUACAGCAAACCCUCAUUAGUAAGAGAGAACUAGCCCUAGUGAACUUCCCACCUAGCCAAGCCCCUAUGCUAUGCCAUUUUUCUCCCCAAACAGGAACAGAACCCCUAUAUUUACUGUAAUUAAGAGUUACCUCUGAGAAAGAGAUAUUCUAAUAAUAUAUAGUGUAAUAUUAUUAAUUGUCUGUUAAAGGGCAAGGGCAUAAUGUAUAUAUCUACACAUAUAUAUAUAUAUAUAUAUAUAUACAUAUAUAUAUAUAUGUAUAUAUAUAUAUAUAUAUAUAUAUACACACACACCAAACAUACAUUUGUUGUGAAUUAAGAUGAAAGAGCUCAAAGCACAAGUGUAUAUGGUACUUUGUUGCUCAUUUAGAUUUCAUGUUUUCUGUGACCAUUUCUGCAAAUGAAUUUACACGAGGGAGACCCCUAGUGGUUGGACAUGUUGACUCUUCAGUAUCCUUGAAGUGUUUCCACAGUGAUGUCACAAUACCUGUUGACAUUUAGUGGGUUUCUUUCAAAUAGAAUAUCAUUAUCCAGUUUGUAAGGAAUGGCAUGAGAAAUCACAGGGGAAUCACAAGUCUGAAAAUUACAAGUAGGGUAUUGUGAAGAUAGACCUAUAAAAUAUUGUUAAUGUAUUAUAUAAGAAAAAAAAAACAUAUUGCUGCUAUCCUGGGAUUUCUUUGAAGGUGGUGUCUGUAGAGAAUACACAUGUACACCGGAUAAGAAAAUGUAUGUGUAGUGGAAUGGGACUAGCUAAAAUCAGUGCAAUACUGAGGACCGAGGUUUAUCUUUCUGUGUUUUUGAGUAUGUACUCAGUGUGGAAGAUAAGCAAUCACACUGAACAUGCAGGCUACUCGCAAACACACAACUAAAAGAGGGAUCUGCAGUACAUUUCACAUUUAUAAGAGGAUUCAAGAUGCAAAAUUUUGGGCAGGCAGGAUGUCUUUUGUGUGUUUGUGUCCAUCAACCAUAGAGUGGCAGAACGGGUCUCAGCACCGAGCCUCGUCUCCGCUUGCGCUGUCUUCUUCAUCCACAGUUGAGACCAUACUCAUGGAAAUAAAGACUCAUAUGUGAAACCCUG